ACUGCAGAGGAGCACAUCAAAGCCCCACCCUCUUUGGACUGCCCCACUGGGACUUAAAGUGAGAGGUGAGACGUGUGGUCUUCUCCAUACUGCCACCUUAACAAGCCCCCAGACUGCACUCCGAAGGGAGCCGCACAUCAAAUCUGUCUUUCCGUACCUCAGCUAGAGGUAAGAUGAGUGAUCUCCCAGAGCAGGGAUCACCCCUGCUACCUCCCCCACACAGCGGCUCUCCUCCCCUCUCUGCCACAGCGGCCAGCCCAUAAAUCAAUUAACUCCUUUCAAGUCAGAUCAAAGGCCCAAUACACCAUCCAGGUCUCUGCACAACCUGUUGGACAAUUAACUCUCCCUUUGGACAGCGACCAGGCUGGACAGAUGAAGGGAGGCUGCUGCCACUGUUCACAUACGUGUGAAGUAGUCGUAAACAACGGGAAGUUAUUGAAAGCUGCAGCUAUUCCCUCAGUGAACGGCAGAGGGCAACGCCAACAGUCUGCUGUCUGUUUUCCAAACUGGGCUACAGGUCAUCGCCUUGAUGCUCCACAAAGGACAUCAAAAAGCAGCACGCAGCCAGGACUCUGGACUGAAGGUCGACGCUGCGUACAGAGGUUUCACAUAACUCACAAGUCAAGGUCUGGUGUCACUGGAGCGCCUCUCCACGGGAGAACAGUCCGAGACUUGCAUCAUGCUGGACGGCAUAAAAAUCGAAGAUCAUCCCCUGCGAUCGGGACAGGCCACGCUCGGAGUCAUGCUCGGGACAGAGUGUCAUCACCCGUCGGUGUGUGAAGGAUGCCAGCGUCCCAUCUCCGACCGCUUCUUGAUGAGAGUCAACGACUCCUCGUGGCACGAGGACUGUUUGCAGUGCACCGUGUGUCAACAGCCGCUCACCACCAGCUGUUACUUCAGAGAAAGGAAACUUUACUGCAAACACGACUACCAACAGUUGUUUGCGACCAAGUGCAGCGGUUGCAUGGAGAAAAUCGCGCCCACAGAGUUUGUGAUGCGCGCUCUGGAGUGCGUCUACCACCUAAACUGCUUCUGCUGCUGCGUGUGCGACCGUCAGCUGAGGAAGGGUGACGAGUUUGUCCUGAAGGAGGGUCAGCUGCUGUGCAAGAUCGACUAUGAGAGGGAGAAGGACUUACUCAGCUCGGUCAGCCCGGAUGACUCAGACUCAGAGAAAAGUGAUGAUGAGGAGUUGGACAUCAAGCCGGAGAAAGGCAUAGGAGGCCAGGGGAAGGGGGAUGAUGGGAAGGAUCCCAGGAGGCCCAAAAGACCACGAACCAUCCUGACCACUCAGCAGAGACGGGCCUUCAAGGCUUCCUUUGAGGUGUCCUCAAAACCCUGCAGAAAGGUGAGGGAGACGCUGGCCGCAGAGACAGGACUCAGUGUUCGGGUGGUCCAGGUGUGGUUUCAGAACCAGAGAGCUAAGAUGAAGAAGUUGGCAAGAAGACAGCAGCAACAACAAGAACAACAGAAUUCUCAGAGACUUGGCCAAGAGGUGAUGUCCAAUCGGAUGGAGGGGAUGAUGAACUCCUUCACACCACUGGCUCCGCCGCAGCAGCAGCUGGUCGCCAUGGAUCAGAACGGUUACAGCACAGACCCGUUCCAACAGGGGCUCACCCCCCCCCAGAUGCCCGGGGACCACAUGAACCCAUAUGGUAAUGAUUCUGCUUUCCAUGACAUAGACAGCGACACGUCCUUAACCAGCCUCAGUGACUGCUUCAUGGCAUCGUCGGAAGUCAACUCCAUGCAGGCCCGCGUGGGGAACCCCAUCGACCGCCUCUACUCCAUGCAGAACUCUUAUUUUGCGUCGUGAAACAGAGGAGUGAAAAACAUCAGCACAGAAUAAACUGCCCAUCUCAACCUGAAGCGCGAUGGCCAGGAGUAUCUACACUACGGACACGACAGAAGAAACACCACCUUGCAGUAGCUCCUGGUUAUGUGCGGAAGCUUACUCAAAGAUAGUAAAACCACUUGUUGUAGGACAGUGAAGAUUCCUGGGGAAAAAAGACUUAAAUAUUGUUAGAGAUUAUUUGGUCGGAUUGCUUUUCUGUCACAGAGGAUAUUACUCUUUUCUUUGUUCACUUAAAGAAAACAAGUAGAUAUUGAAGCCACUGAUUACACACCCUAAAACCAAAUAACAGUGAAUUUAUACAGUGCAUGAUCAAUUGUAAACUAAAACUUUUUGUAAGCCCUCCCCUCCCUGGUUAAGAUGUGGUGUUUGGACUGUUUCUUCUUUACACUACAUGGAUUUCCAUGUUCACCGUUAGCAUUUUGAUCACUUUCAAUAGGUUUAGAUAUUGUGUUAAUAGUAAAUAGGUGCAGCAUGUCUGCAAGAGUGACUGUAAAUUUGUGUAUGUAUGAGAGUUUGUGGUGAGAAAGAAUUGCUUAGAGAAGAAAAAAAGUGGAGAAUUUGGUGGACAAGUAGGAUCAGUGAAGUGUAAAUACUUUCCCCAGGCAAAUUGGAUGUGCAUGUUAAAAAUGGAAAGCAUUCUAUUUAUUUAACUAUAACAGGCUCUUGAAGGUACAUAUUAAAACUGAAAAGCUUUAUUUAAAAAGGAGAGCAUUUUUUUGUUGCGCAAUUAGUGAGCUCAUGAGUGUCACAACUCAUCUGUAUGCCUUUUUAAUAUGAAGAUUAACCCUUUUGUUUUUUUUCUUCAGCCAAGCUGUAAAUGAGCAAUGUUGCUAUUUAUUUCGUACAGACCAUAAACCUUUUGUUGUCAUUGUCAUAUGUGCAUUCUCAAAAUGUUAAAGUUGCUAAUUGACCAAAGUUGACUGGUUUGAUGAAUAA